AUGGCUGCUUCUUCAACAAUGUCACUCAGCUUGCUAUCAACUUCUACCUUAACUGAAAGGUUUGAUAUCCCUUCUUCUUCAAAGCCCAUUAUUAGCCUGGGGCCAUCUUGUUUUUCUAAUCACCAUGGCAGUGUCACCUGCUCAAAUGACGCACUUCCUCAUGAAGAACGAAAUUGCCAGAGAAGGGCACUUAUGCUUGGAGUGGGAGCUCUGGCCUUCAAUUUGUCCACCGCCACUUCCGUCUUAGCACAGGGAAUGCCAAAUAAUUUUGAAGCCUUCGUUGACUACGUAGAUGGAUACUCAUACUACUAUCCAUCAGACUGGAGGGGUUUUGAUUUUAUGGGCCAUGAUUCUGCAUUCAAAGACAGAUACCUGCAGAUGCAGAAUGUCAGGUUAAGUUUUAUUCCAACCGAUAAAUCAGACAUCCAUGAUUUGGGCACGUUGGAAGAUGUGGUGUUUCAUCUGGUUAAUCACGUAUACUCUGCACCUACCCAGGUAGCAAACGUAAUGGACAUGCGAGAGAAGAACAUAGAUGGAAGAAAUUACUACACCUUCGAAUAUGCACUGACAAAUAAAAAUUUCUCUCGAGCCGCUUUUGCUACCCUGGCUAUUGGGAAUGCUUAUUCAAGUUUGUCUCGAAGCUUAAACAGAGUAAAUUUAACAGGAAGGUAUUAUACCUUGAUUGUUGGAGCCAACGAAAGACGAUGGAGAAGACUCAGGAACCAGCUCAAAGUGGUGGCAGACUCUUUCAGGUUGUUGGAUAUUUGA